ACCACAUACCCACCCAUAAAGAGUGAGAAACCUCGCUUUGGGGGAUGCGACAGAGUGGCAGAGAAUGAGGGUUGGUGCAGGGCAAAAAGCCUCAGAGCUUUCCAUUAAGUCUCUCUUUCACUAUGGGUGCAUGCGUGGACUGAUCAGACCGACCAGAGCAAAGUUGAUUUGCUCUUCUGAGAAAAACAUAAAGAGGAAACAGAAGAUCUAAACCACAAGAGAGGAGUAUUAAAACAGCAACAAUGCUAGAAAUGAACUAGCAGAGUCUAUCUGAAAAACAGAGUGAGAGGAGACAGGAGACGGGGUGAGUCACUUAGCAGAAGCUCGUGUCUGAGGGAGUGAACCACUCUUGGAGGAGGUCUAUGUCUCACCCGUCCUCCUUCAAUAUCUCCUUCCACUCCCACCUCACCCCUUCUACCGACCUUAUUGUAGCCAUCAUCCUCAUCAUCACAGGGGUGGUAUCUGUGACUGGGAAUGGGGUGGUAUUACUGGCUCAUGGGCGGAAGCGGAAGAAACUGAGAGCUCAUGAGCUGAUGACCAUAAAUUUAGCAGUGUGCGAUUUUGGUUACAGUGUGCUGGGGGCGCCAUGCGUAGUUAUCUCCAGUUUGUCUCAUGGGUGGAUUCUGGGGGAUAUGGGCUGUUGGUGGUACGGCUUUCAGGGUUUUGUGUUUGGGGUUGGCUCCCUCUUCACCACCUGUCUCAUUUCCCUAGACCGCUGCUUCAAGAUCUGCAGCCUUCGCUAUGGUCAAUGGAUUGAGAGAGGACAUGUUUCUCUGUCCCUUGCUCUGAUGUGGGCCUACACUCUCUUCUGGGCUGUUCUCCCUGUGUUUGGUUUUGGCAGUUAUGGUCCUGAGCCUUAUGGCACAAGCUGCACUAUAGACUGGUGGAGAAUGAAAUCAUCUCUGAAUGACAGGAUCUAUGUCUAUCUGAUCCUGCUGAUGUGCUUUGUUAUGCCCACUCUCAUCAUCUUUACCUCUUACAUCGCCAUCCUAAUCACGGUUUAUCGCUCUGGUCGCACUGUGGCCUCCAUUUCCUCAUCUUCUGUCAGCCAUGGUAGCAGUAAAGACCUGCGUCUGACCAAGAUAGCAGCAGUGGUGUGUUCCUCGUUCCUCAUAGCCUGGACACCAUAUGCCAUUGUUUCCUUCUACUCUGCUCUCACCAUCAAGGAUGAGCAAGAAGAGGCCAGAGGAGCUGGGAUGGUGACAGAAAUGUUAGGAACAGGAACUGGACACACCAGUGGUGGAUUUUCUGACUACUUCAGCUUGCACCCCUUCCUCAACUGGACAUCCACAGAAAACUAUGGAGAUAUAUAUGAUUCCUGGAGGAACGUGACCCCAGAUCAGUACAACCACCACGGGUCUAGACCCAUCUCUACAGUGGUUGCUGAUGUAGCAGAGCAUCAGGGUCACCGGCUUGUGUCCAGUCUGAGGCCUGAGGUCAGUCUGAUCCCAGCCAUUUUUGCGAAGUCACACUGCAUGAUCAAUCCUUUCAUCUACCAGAUUAUGAAUCGUGACUUCAGAGAGGACGUCUAUGACAUGUUCUGCUGGGGAGGGGAGAAUGGAAAGAGACAGAGGAAGAGAAGGAGUGGAGGGAGUGAUUCCAGUGGUUUUCAUAGCAGCAUCAGUCUCUCUUACUCUCACAUUUGGAAGAGGAGAAGUACAGCGACCUCGCACUCAUCUGUGGAGCGAGGGAUGAAAGAGGAGGAUAUAGGGAAAGGAAACAGACAGACAGGGCCCUGGCAGGAUGACAGUUCUGCAGGAUGUGCAUCUCUUGAUGCUCCCACUGUGGACACACAGACCAACCUACAGAGGGAGCAAGGGAGCAAAGGACAAAAGGAGAAAGAGAAGGAGAAAGGUGAAUCCACAUCUAGCAGCUUGCUGUAUUAUGAGGACUAACGACAAGAACAAAAUGUCAAUAGCCAAGGUUUUUACAGAAUCAUAAAAUGUAGAUUUAGAAAGUCCAUUCAAGUCCAGAGUGUUGGCAUGCUUUUUAUUCCUCCAAUAUAUCCUGGGCCAUGAUUUCCUUCUGUUCUGCCCCCAGUGCUAUGGACUGCCUCUCUGACGUAUUUGCAUUCAGUAAUGUGUGAUUACACAGCAUAUGCAAAAUAAAUAGACACUUGGCACAAAUCUUUGUCAUAUAAUUUAGCUGAAACCUUCAGUAGAAUGUACCUGUAGUGAUGUCAUUUGUAUUUGUACAUUAUCAUUAAAGCCCUCACAGAAGGCAACUUACUGAGCAAAUGUAUAUCAAGUUGUUUUAUAACCAUUUUAAACAUUUUGUUCAUUUUUCUGUCAGUGCAUGCAAAAUGUCCUAUUAUAAAGUAGUAAGAAAUCAAGUUUAAUUAAAGGUUUGUCCUACACUGA